GGAAUUAUGGGAUAUCUUCCCUCGGCGGCGCGGUGCCGCCAUGUCUCCUGAAGAUAAACGGCGGCUAAUCGUUUUCUCCGCUGUGGUGUUCUCUUUAUUCCUCCUUUUACUCGUGUUGAGCUACAUACCAGCUUAUUUAUACAUACUUUUGAUCUGUGUUGUGUCUUGUGUCGUUUAUUUUCACAAAGCGGAGGAGUUGCAGCUCUUCGAGAGACUAGGCCUCAAUCCUCGACGUGGACUGAGCGUCCCGUCGGCUCUGCUGCGCUGGUUACCGGGCAGGACUUUGAGCGGAGUCCCGGCCGCCGGCAGAAACAAGAUACGUAAAAGUGAUGCUAGAAAUUCCUUCGCGUCACCCAGCGAUAGACACUUUGCGGGCUCGUAUUAUAGAAGAGACCACACGCUCAGUGAGUCGGUGUUCAGCCCUCGGGAUAUACUCAUGGGAAGUUACCUCGCCAAGACUGAAGGAAGCCCCUCCGCAGCGGUGAGGCCCACUGGAGGCUCGGGGGCUUUCAUGCACCCCAGAGAUCAGCUCCGGGAGAGACUCGCCCGACCUAAUCAUGCCGUGCACACUCCUAACAAAAGACUGUCAUUCGGGGGCACUGCAAGUCGGUUCACCAUCACCCCCCAAAGACAUUACCCCCUUCAGCAGACGGGAACAUCUCCCAUCGGAGUGAUUCCACCUGCAAAAUGGGAUGGAUUCUGUAAGAAGAAUGUUCUCACCCAACGCAAUUCACCUGCUGCUCACAGUCCGGUCACAGUGAAGAUCGCCAAAACAGACCUCGCUCGAUCAUCUUUCUUCAAUCACCUGAACUCCCCUGGAGCAGUCAAAUCCCCAGGUAUUGGAGCUCAGGCAGACCCCUGCUCCAGAGAAGCUGUUCUGAGUGUGCUCAGAGAGAGCAGGAAGAGGGAGGUUGAUGAGGAGGACAAGAGUGCUUCCUCUGGGCAGAAGAGCAAAAGGAGGCGACAUGACAGCAGUGGAAGUUCUCAGUCAGCAUUUGAGCCACUUCUUGCAAAUGGAGCUCCAUCUCAGCUUGUGCCAAAACCUGGCAGUCUAAAGAGAGGGAUGAACUCCUCUCUCAACGAAGAGUCCAUUAUGAAGCGGUCUCGCACUUCCUCCAUCAGCUCUGUAAGUGGUGCUCCUGUUCCCAGUGGGGUGCCUGGAUCUGUCCGAAAUCCCAUUCGCAGUUCCUACAGCUCUUCACAGGGUUAUCCACAGAGAAGAGCAGCAUCCAGUCUCAGUCUUUCUCCUUUCACAAGCCCAGGAGUAUCUCGGUGUCAGACUCCAGAGCGAGCUGCCAAGAAAGCAAGGGAGGAAGAUGCUACCUUACCAGGUUCUACAUUCUUUAUGAAAAUGGAUAAGGUGGCAACUGACCCUGCGCCUGCUACAACUAAACUUACUCCAAAAUCUGAGGCACCUGUUGCAACAUCGACAUCUGACUCUGGAGGAAGCGGUUGCAAACGCAAGCGCAAAAUCCAGCUGGUCACCACAAACAGAGGAGAUCAGAUUUCUUUGCCACCACCUCCUGAACUUGGCUAUACUAUCACAGUGAAAGAUCUAGAUAUGGAAAAGAAAGCAGCUCUCAGCCAGAUACAGAAGGUCUUGGAGGAGCCUGAGCCAGAGAUCCCUCCUCCUGCUUCUGAACCUACCCCAGCUCUGGCUCCCUCUUUAACCCUGUUCUCUCAGCCAGCACCAACCUCUUCAUCUGGGACUGCACCUGCUGUGAGCUUCGCGCCCACUCUGAUUUCUCUUUCCACACCUGUGCCUGAGACCACACCAGCCACUACUACAACUCCUGCUCCAACUAUCGACCUCACCAUCACUGCGCCCAGUGUGGCUAGUACUGCACCCCUGACUCUCACCUCAGCCCCCUCUGUCACUACCACCCCAGCUGCCCCAACUGCUCCAUCUUCAAGCAUCUCUAACCCUCUGCUGGAGUCCCUGAGAAACAUGAAGAAUAAUCCGCUUCUCAAUGCUCCCACUCUAAUGGGCACUACCACUGCAGCUCCAGCAGUGUCUGUGUCCAGUCUUUCUACACCUGCUUCUGCCACAAACCCGAGCAGCGGAGUUGUCAAAUCGGAGUCAGGCCCUACCGCUCUGCAGCCUUUAUUCUCUACCCCAUCCUCCAUAUCAACGCCUGCCUCCAAGCCAGCCACCUCUAUGCCCUCUGCCUUCGCUCAGAUCUUGGCCCAACCUCUUAAACCCCCAUCAAGCAUGCCAUCCCUGGGCGGAGGAGGCAGCCUGUUCAGUUUGAUUAAACCUGUGGCCACUCCUGCAUCUGAGCCUCCUAAAUCUACAGUCACUGUACUUACGACCACGGUCGCAUCAGUCAAUAGCAUUAGCAACCCCCUGUCGUCUGGGUUUAAGCCCAUUUUUGGUGCAGCAAGCACCACGCCUGCUUCCACAGCAGAGGUCAAACCCACCCAGCCAACCUUUAAGCCUUUAUUUGGCACAGGAAGUGGCAUUAGUACCUUCGGGCAGACAGCCACACCAACGACAUCAACCCCUGCUGCUCCGGUUUCACAGAACAGUGGGAUGUUAUUUGGUGGACUAACCAGUACCCAACCAGUGACGGUGUCCGCAUCAUCUGCCGCCCCAAUUACGCAAACUCCUUCCCCGUCUCUCUUUGGAAGCUGGACUACAACAGUCACAUCCGCUCCUGCCACAAACACCACGUUCAAGUUUGGAGCAACAUCAACCACAACGGCUGCCCCUACGCUGAACACCAACACCACUAAUGCUAGCAGCACCACCUCUGCUUUUCAGUUCGGAGCAGCAAAGCCUGCACCUGCCCCACAGGUCCAAAGCACAUUCACUUUUGGCCAGGUGUCGGCAAACCAGAACUCCACAUCCACUCCGUUUGGUGGGUUUGGCAUGACCAGCAGUGCCACCACAUCCUCAGAGACACCCACAACACAAACCACUUUCAGAAGCUCAACCUUCACUGCAUCAUCAACCUUUCCAGCAUCCACACAGCAGACCCCUGCUGCUGCAAAGCCCUUCACAUUUGGGGCUGGCAGUGGAAGUAGCAGCACAUCACCAUUUGUGUUUGGAGCCGCAGCCAGCACAGCAGCGCCUGCGUUUGGGACUAACAGCCAGCCUACGUUCGGUGGAGCUGGCUUCGCUUUUGGAAACACCACCACCCCUUCUGCGGCUCCCGUCUUUGGGGCCUCCACACAGACUGUGGCCCCUCUCCCUCUCCCUGCCCCAGCUCCUACAUUCACCUUCGGAGGGGCGUCAACAGCCACUCAGAACCCUGCUCCUAGUACUCCGGCGCCUCCUGCCUCUGGAGGGUUUAACUUUGGGGUGUCACUCUCAGCAACACCGUUUGGAACCCCUACACCUGCAGCUCAAACGCCAGGGUUUUCCUUUGGAGCCAACAACACCGAUAACAAGCCUGGUUUUGGAACAUCAACUCCUGCCUUUGGCCAGGCAUCUGCAGGAAUGUCAGUGCCAUUUGGCAGCCCUGGAACCCCAGGUUUUGGAGCAGUGGGCGCCUCACCAUUUGGUUCUUCACCAGCCACCUUCUCUAUCGGAACGGGAUCCAAGUCCUCUGGGGCUCGUCGAUUACAAGCACGCAGACAGCACCCAAGGAAGAAGUAAUGUGGCUGAUGUGAGUCCUGUCCCUUUCAUUAUUGUCGUCUGGACUCUGCAACUACUACUCCGGCUGUCCCACCUGCCUCAGACACUGCUGCUACUGCUGCUGGUCCAAACACAACAAGGCUCUCAGCCAGACCUCAUCUCUACAACCCUCCAGACUGUCAGGGCUGGUCAGGCGUGUAGGAUCAAGGCUCAUGGAGUGUAGAUUUUAGAGUACCGGGCGGCCCCAUCUCUGCGGUUUGUUGCGCCCACCGAGACUCAUCACAACCUUGCUAAUGGAGUCUGUAAAUGUCUAAUGAGGACGUCUGGUGUUGAGGAAGGAUGGCGAACAGGAGCGAAUUAUACUUGAACGAAAAAGAGACUUUCAAAUCUGGACUCAAUCUGAAUUCAGUCCAGGCCUGUUAAAAGAAACGGAUCUUAUUUUUGACUCUUUUUGUUUGAGUAAUCAGAUGCUCUUUAUUUUAGAUCCAGUGAAUACACCUUUUUUCCCUUGCAAAUUAGUGUAGAUUUGUCAUGCUUUUCCAUCAUGCUUAGCAGAAUCUUAAUUUUGUUAAGCCCUCAAAACGUGAAUAUUUUACCCGUUUCAUUUACAUUACAAUUUUUUUUUUUUUUUUGCCUGAGUGAGCUGCAUAAUAAACAAAUUUUACAUCGCUUUUUCUGUAAGCAACGUUUACGUGCCUGUUUUCCUGCAUUCGUUUAUCAUACGUUGGAUGUCUGUCUGUUUAAAACCAAAGCUGAUGUUUUUUUUAGUACGACACGUUGACCUCUCCGUCACACCAUGCCCGUUUUACUACCUCUCCAUUUUAAACGUGCAUCUGUGUCCCAGCUGAGAUGUUUUACUGCAGAUUCGAUGUACUGUUAAUUAUACUCUGAGUAAUUAAAGUCAGCAAUUAGUGCAAACAUGUAGGCAAAACCACGAUUCUAUAGCUGUUGCAUCUGCCAUCAGUGUGUAUUUAACUGUCAGGCACUGGAUGUAGCUCUCAUUUUAUUUUUUAUCCAUUCAUUGCUCUGUGUGCCUUAGUGUGUUUUGCUUCUGGUUACGUAUUAUGGAUGAUGUCAGAUUUGUACUCUGAGACAUGGAUGCCUGUUCUUUCAUAAUAAUGCUUAAGUGCAUUUAGAUGAUUUCAAAAGAAUAUGAUCUCAACUUCAAUUAUUUUUGAUUACUGACUAAAAAGUCAAAUUUCAGACUCUGUAAAAGUGCAUACUUGCGUUUGAAUAUUCUUUGGAAAUAAACAUUUGACUUGAGUGAUCAAUUGAAA